UUUCGGCCUGUGUUUCAGUAUUUCAAUUCGAUUUAAAAUGUCUUGAAAUCGACUUAUUUAAUGUAAUUUAAAAUAUUCUAAUUAAUUUAUUCUCCCUCCGUCCAAUCAACUGUGAUUCUAAUGAUAAGUGUAGUAUAUUUUUCAUGACAUACCAGUAUUAUUUAAAAUUCCAGCAAGAUGCUGUUUCAUGUAUUAUUCAGUUUGAUAUCAGUAACCAUUGUAAAUUCUCAAAGAGUACCUACAAUCGUGAAUAUAACACCUGAUCAAAUCAAAGAUAUCGGAGGUGCAGUAGAACUUUCCUGCUCAGCUCUGUACUCCCAAGGUUACGGAGUACUUUGGAAGAAAUUGGAACGUGAAGGAAGCCAAGAAUCCAUCCUUCUAUCUUCGGAUACUACACCGAUCAUACGUGAUUCACGAUACAGUCUCCGUUACGACUCAGCUAGCACCACGUAUACAUUACAAAUUAAGGAUAUCCAAGAAAGCGACGCUGGUGUCUAUAAAUGUCAAAUAUUAAUCAGUCAGAAUUCGCAAGUAUCCAGAGAAGUACGUUUGCAAGUGUUCAGCCCACCUACCUUCUACGAUAAUUCAUCAUCUACCGUUGUAGUCAGCGAACGUAACGCUGUUCAUUUAAAAUGUUACGCUGGUGGUGUACCGAGGCCCCAGAUAUCGUGGAAACGUGAAAAUAACGCCAUUCUUCCAACAGGCGGGCCUGUCUACAAAGGCAAUGUUUUGAAAAUUAAUAACAUUCGUAGAGAAGAUCGAGGUACAUAUUAUUGCACUGCUGAUAACAAAGUUGGUAAAAAUAUCAAAAGAAGUAUCGCCGUUGAAGUUGAAUUUGCUCCUAUUGUGCAUGCUACCAAGCCCAUGGUGUGGCAAGCUUUAAAUUACGACGCGGAAUUGGAAUGUCGUGUUGAAGCUUACCCAAUACCUCAGAUCACUUGGAUUAAAGAUGGCAUUCAGUUAGCUUCUAAUAAUCAUUAUAAGACUAAUCAUUUUCCGUCCAUUGAUGAAUUUACUGAUACUAUGUUGAGAGUUGUAACUACUGAAAAAGGACAGUAUGGUACUUAUGUUUGUAAAGCUGUUAAUAAAUUAGGAGAUGCUUCGGCGUAUAUUCAAUUUUUCGAAUCGGAGAACCCAGUUUGUCCACCAGCAUGUGGUUCUGCUCAUAUUAAGACUAUUAGUAGUUUAAUUUUUAUAUUUUGUAUUUUAAUCCAACGUUUACCAUUAUUGUCAUAGCAUAUCUGGCUUUCUCGGAAUCUCAGACAUCGUUAUUUUUAUUUUAAAUUAUAACCACUCAUCAUUUUGUGUACUUUUAUAUAUUUUUUGUAUUCAAUAAUAUUAAAGUCAUUUUUAAUUUGG